AGGCGCCUAGGCCAGGAAUACGUCCCGUUUUCUGGAGCGUAACUUUAUAUCCUGGUAGGAAGCCGAAGGUAGCUAAAGUUCAAGAUCAUUGGACCACCCUGUUUUUCCCUGGUACGUCUUCUUUCAUCAGUUGAGGAUCCGUCCAAGAAAAAAACAACAACAGGUCAACUCAGAUUUCACUGUCCUUGUCCCCAGCGGUUCACGUGUUUUUCAGACGUACUUGUUUUUACAGCUUUUAAAAGUUGGCAAAAACAAAUGCAGUCCUAGCACGAAGUAUGUAUAUGUGAAAGGAAAGGUUUUGUCCUGUCAGCUUUUUCUUUGCCAUUGCGCAACGCAGUCAGAAGGAGGGCCAUAAACUGUAUCCAUUUUUCUCCUCUAUCGGAUUUCAUGAGAAAUGCAGCUGGGUGGCAGGUGUAACGUUCAUGACGUAGUCAAUAACAGUUGUAUGCUUUGCAGCUAUAUUAUAUGAAAAUACCUAUUUUCUGAUUUGAAUAUUUGAUACAUUUGUCAAAAGUAUUUGUAUCCUAUUAGUUCCUAGUUUCAUUUAAUUGGAAUUUUUUUCUAAAUCCCACGUUGGUGACGUCACGCUGCCGCCUGGACAUGCCCGGGGUUACCUGAGGUCAUUCCCAUCACAACAAACAUGGCCGCCGUGGAUGGAGGACCUGCGAGCAAGAAACUCAAAACCUCCGACUCUGACGAUCUACCGCUGUGUCCUUACGGCGCGUCUUGUUACAGGAAGAACCCGCAACACUUCAAGGAGUUCCGACACCCAAAAGAUGGAGAGACCUCCCAGGCUGUAGAUAGAACAGAUUUGUCCGCUGUUGCGUCCACGUCAGGCCUGCCACCAUGUAAGUACGGCGCCAACUGUUACCGGAAGAACCUGCUCCACUUCGCACAGUUCUCCCAUCCAACCACGGGCGGGGAACCACAGGACAGCGACGACACCGAUACAGAACUGGCCGACUGCGAGGACGAAAAGGCAUCCCCGUUGGUGAAGUCAGACAGCGACGCCACACGACUGGUGAAGAACUACUCCAAACUGACGGAGGAGGAGAGACGAGCGUUGAUCCAGAGAGCUGUGGAGGCCAAGAAGAAGCUGGAGGAGGAGUUACAGGACACCAAGAAAGAAGUGGAGAGGAAGGAGAAGGAACUACAGACACUCCAACAAGAGUUGUCAGAAGGGCUGCUGUUGGUGGAAGGUGAAAAAGAGGCUCUGGAGAAGUCAGAGGUCACCAAGUUCCCCUUGGUCCCAGAGAGACAGUACAAGGAAGGGUCUGCUGCACAGGUUCACUUCAGACUUGCAGAGUCUCAGUUCUACAGACUUGUAGAUGCCGGCAGUGGAUAUCGAGUAACUAAAGUGGAGUAUGUUGUGUCUCCUGAAGUCGUGAAGAGAUUUAGACAAGCCCAGAAGGACCUGAGAGACAAGCGAGGAGAGAUGCUGUCUUAUCCAGUGUUGGCUUUCCACGGGACAGCACAGGCAAACAUCGACCCUAUCACCAGCCUAGGGUUCAAAGCACCAGGUGAAUCUGGUUUCAAGCAUGCGACAGAUACAGGCUGGUACGGGAAGGGUGUUUACUUCAGCGAGUAUCCGUCCUACUCCAUGCCGUACAUCAAGGGUGGGAACAGGAUCCUGCUGUGUCAGGUGCUGCCAGGCAAGGUAUACCAGUGUUCCUCCCUGAUCCAUGGCAGUCCUCUGAUGAAGGGGUACGACUCACACACCUCACCAGACAAAAAGGAACUCAUCAUCUUCAACUCACAUCACAUCCUACCAUGUUACAUCCUACACUACACUCACGCACACGGAGACUUCAAGUACAAGAAAAGUAUCAAGACAACCAAAAGUGUCGAUGAAAUGAAGAAAUUGUAUGAUACAGCAACCAAGAUGCCAGCAACCAAGAUCCUGUCUGGCCUGACCAUUCACCUAGCGGGUAAACUGGCCGACAAACACUCCGAAAUCUACAACCUCAUCAUUAAACAUGGCGGCAAAACAGCCACCCAACAGCAGCUGUAUAUGGGUGUGACUUUGGUGGCGUCUGCCUCCGAGAUGAAAGGAGAAACACCCUCUACAAAAGUCAGCCUGGCAGAGAACGCUCAGGUGCCAAUAGUAUCGGAGGACUUUCUAUAUGACCGUAUUAUCACCCAACAGAAAAAGGACAUCUCAGAUUAUGUGUUUUGUUAAGAGUAUGAUUGUGAAGAGCACUAGAGACUUCCAAUAUUAUGUAUAAAGUUGUAUUUUGAUUAUAUAUAAGAUUUGCAUCUUAUUUUUCAUAGUACGUUUUGCAAAAUUCAAGGCAGACUUUUCUGAUUGAAUUGGGAUUUGCCCUUUAAUAUGUCCUACGUAUACCUUUUCCAAACACUAAGUCUUGUUUUCUAACAAAAGGUUUGACUGGAAAAUAUGUCACAGUAUAUGUCAACAUUAUACUAAACUGUGCAAAUACAGAAGAGCAAUGAAGGAGAGAGAUUUUACAAACAAUUUUUAUGCAAGAAAUCUGGGUGGUGUCCAAGUGAUUUGCAAUUUC